AUGCAGGGUAUUCUUGAUCACAAUCCCGAUAUUGAUUUUACAGUGGAUGCAAAUUAUAUGUCGGAUAAUCUAUGUGCUAGAUAUGCAGAUGAUCAUUUUGUUCUUAGAUGGAAGACAAACAUUAUCAUCAACUUCAGAAUUAUUCAAGCAUUCUUCGAGCUUCUAGAUGAAGAAUAUGGGACCGCUUUUUUCUCUUUCCGCUGGAUUCUACAGUUCAUUUCAGUCUCUAAAAAUAAGCGUCACAGUGAGAAGCGAUCAGACCUUUCCUCGUCUCGGAUAACAUGGAUAAUUCGACAAACUUCACUUUAUCUGGCAAAAUGUUUGAAUUUAGAUUUUAAUCAAGGGAAAAGGGUAAAAUACGUGUCCUUCAAUUCGGUUAGGGUGAAUCGUUUGGACAUGUUCAAAGGCAUAUUAUACACAAUAUUGGAAAAUUCAAGCAGUGUAAUAUCUGCACAACAGGACAUCCAGAAUAAGCAUAUGACUGCGGAGUAUUUCAAGAUAUGUGCAGAAAUCUAUGAAUUUAUUGCGCUACUCGAUGGGAAAGUAUUAGACUAUGAGCACGCACAUGAUGUUAAGACUACUGUGAUAAUACCGCAAACAGUUUUUUCCACUUAUAUGAUCCGUCAUUACAUGCUAGCUGCAGUUCAUUUCCCAUUCGAUGACCCUAAAAGGCUUGUAUGUUUCCACAAAAUAUUGAUGGGUUUAUUUUUUGUGAAUAAAGUUGACUUAGCUACUUUCAACUACUUCUAUGGUGAGUUCUACCAGUGUGCAAAAUCCAUAAAUGAACAGCACUUUGUCACUGAUUAUGCUAAUUUUUCGCUUUCUGGUACCUUUGUGAAUAUAAUUGAGUCAGUUGCACAGAAUCAUCAACAUCUCAAGCUUUUACCAAGUGUCCUAAUCCGGUUGUCUACCAAUGAAGUAAUAGUCGACUCUGAAUUCGAUCCCGUCUUAUCAAACCGACAUACUUAUUCGAAAGAAGCAGAGAAGUUGAAACGAAAAGUUCGUGGGUCUGAUUAUGAACGUGAUAAUGUUGAAAUGGGCGAAAAUGGUACCAAUAACUUCAUAGAAUUUUGGCGACAGCUCAAUGAAAGAUAA